AGGGAGAGAGAGACACACACAGGAGGGAGUGGGCUUUAUCUGUACACGGCUCCGACCUCCCUCCCUCCCUCUCCCCCCGGACACACACAGGAGAGACCCCCACCCUCCACACCCAGCUCCGCACUGACUCCAGUCUGCACUUAGACCCCAGGACGAGCACUGACCUCUCUAUCCCCCCCCCCCAAUCAUUGAGGAGGGGUAAGGGUCACUUCACCCCCUUCGGACCCCCACCUCAGCCAGACCCCGGCUGGGACACAGCAAGAGCAUUCGAGGAGCCAGCUUGUCCUUGAGAGAGAGAGAGAGAGAUCCUGCAUUCCUGUAGCGCCUUACCCCCCUCUCCUCCCAGAGCGGGCCAGAGAGUUGCGUUGGACCGUCCACCUCUGUACCUGUGCUGAACACAGCCAGUGGAGCAAGUCGACAGCUCGACCCAACUCUCCUGAGACCAGACCGUGCCUGGAGUCCUCUGUGGAGAUCUGGAAACACUGUUUGGAGUGACGCUUGGAUGGACGGCGACAGUUCAGCAGCAAAGACGGACGCAUCUUUGAGAGGUUCUGGCAAGGGCUUGGCCCAGGAGCAGACAGAGGGAGCUUGAGGGUUGGUGAACUCAGAAGAGAACUCUGCGCCCAGAAGAUACCACAGGCCCAAUGGAGAUGGACAGUCAAAGCACAGAGACAAAGGCAGAGGAUGGACAGGAGGUGAGAAAGUCUGAGCUCGAAGCUGCACCAGGAGAAAAGGAGGCGUCGAAGACAGAGGUCGUGCAAAGUACGCCGCUGGACAUCAUUGACAUUGGGAAAGGUUUGAAGAUGCAAUCGGAGAAACCUCAUUUAGUGAGUCUGGGUCGUGGGCGUCUCAGCAUUGCUAUUACACUGCUGCCAAUAAACGAGGGUACAACUCGGAUCGGCACUGAAGACGCUCCGAUACCUCAGGACAUUAUAUUACAGGGGGAGGACGUGGCACCUGAACAUUGCUAUAUCGAAAACCGAAAGGGGCUGAUCAAGCUGUACCCGUGUGGAAACUGCUGCACAAUGGAUGGACUGCCAGUGAAAGAGCCCACUCUGCUGACACAAGGUUGCAUUCUGUGCUUGGGUCAGUCAAACUACUUCCGGUUCAACCAUCCCAUCGAAGCCAGACGGAUCAAAAACAUGAAGCCCGACAACGAGAUCUUAAUCUCCUCACCCAGCUUCAUGCCAGAUUUUCCCAGUGCCAGGGAACGCCAUGCAUUGGCACAGAGCCCACCCUCCAGACUAUUGGGAUUUGAACGCAUUUGCCGUGGUAACUGGGAGGACAACGCCCCUCACGAGUCGCUCAGCCUGACGACGAUGACCCGCGUCGUGCCGUACUCGGAGGGCCAGACCAGGGGCUCCUCUGAGGAGCUAAACGCCGACGGGGGGCGAUUCACGGCCAGAACCACCAGCAGCCGCCUUGCCAUGUCUCCUCCAUACCCACCGUACUCACCCAUUUCGACGGACUGGCCGUCCGGCGGUGCCUUCCAGCGGUUUUUCCCUUCCAGGUCGCCGAUGAACUCAGCCGGUUCUCCGCCUCCCCCGCACAGCCCCCCGUCACCAACGGUUUGCUCCCUUUACUCUGAGUCCUACCGGGGUGGGAUGGGGUCGAGGCGGAGGAGGCAGCCGGAGUUGUGGAACGGAUCGCGGUCUCCCGGCUUCGGUUGCGGGGAAAGCCUCUCCCGGCGGGCCGCGUGGGACGACUUGACGUUAUCGGCGGGAAGUGCCCGGUUUGGCGGUGGGCUCCUGCGUGCCGCCACCGCGGCUGACCGCGGGAAGGAGUCUGCCAGCGUGCCGUCGAGCCCCCGGCUGGCCCGGAGGCUCUACCUGUCCUGUAGCCCUGUCGAUUCCUACGCCACCGGCCGCGAGAGGGUUGCCGUCGGCGACGGGGCUCUUGGGUAUGGCCCUCGGGUGAGGGAGAGCUCUGGGACCUCUCUCCGGCUCACCGGGGUGCACAGCCGCUCCCUGCCCAAGCUGCACCGGGCCGGGGACUGCCAACUGACCCCCUUCACGUCCAUCCAACAGGCCCGGGCCGCCACGGAUGAAUCCAGGGAAUUGGCUCCAAAGUAUUUCCCUUUACCUAUGAAGGAAUCUUUUUACUCCCAGUCCGGCCAAACCAGUAUCGCCGCUGAAGGACUGGAAGAGCACCGUGCUUCAGGGAGCCCAAGGGUGGCUCAAAAGAUGGCCCUGGCUUCGCCCCAUUCCCCUCCAGGCCAGGCGUCGGACAGUCCCUUCGACACCCCUGGAAGGAAGGAGCUCCAGAACGGGGGGAGUGCCUUCCCUCUCGAGAGCCUCGACCCAUCCCUCAGGGGCUGGGGCAGUCCGCCAGGGGGCGAUGCAGGGAAGCCAGUGGUCUCAGUGCCUGGCCUGCGAUCGGUGUCGCCCCCUGCCUUUCGCCGGCGCGCCAACAGCAUCAGCUCGAUCGGGGGCAACGAGGAGGAGCUCCUAGAUUACCACCAACAGCAGAAGGAGGAGAGGCUCCGGGAACAGGAAAUGGAACGUCUGGAACAACAGCGACUGGAGACAAUUCUGAACCUCUGCUCGGAAUACAACAAGGCAGAUGAGAGCACAGCAGGGGCAGUGGUGAGCAGCAUCGAGAAGAUUGGCGAGGAGCUCCAGAAACUGGCCCUGUCGCCAAGCAGAGUGCACUCCCCGCAACCGGAGCCCAGAGAGUGCAAUGAAGCAGAGGCGAGGGCUUUUGCAAGACCCUAUCACGGCUCGUCCUCCGCCUUUGAUUUCAGCCCACCCAACCGAAGGUCGGCCAGACAGCCGGGUGCCCCAGAAGUGGAUGGCUACGCCGAGCUAAACCGUCCCCGUUCCGGGAGGUCCUUCCAACUGCUGUCUUCCAGUCCAGCCGAGCGUUCUCCGAGGCAUUCAGCUGACUCCCCAUCCUCCUCUUCCUCUCCCAGGGCACCUCGCCAGCUGAUGAGGGACGCUGCAGACAGGACGGGUCCGUUUGCUGACGUUGUGGAGGCAGGGGUCGGUAAUGACAUCUACAACGCGGAAGAGAAGGAAUUGGCUGAGAGGAACGCGAAAGAGAGAAUUAUCCAAGUAGAGGAAGACUGUGUGUGCAUCCUCAACAACGUGGAAGAAAUUAACAGGAAGAUCAAAGAACUGGACAAUCAAAUGGAGGAGUCCUCACAAGAGGUGGAGAUGGAGCGUGCCUUGUUAGAGGGGGAGAGGAACUCUGAGAUUUCACACGUCCAGUAUGAGAAAGAUGUUUUGGAGCAGCUACAGAAGAAGAUAACUGACCUAGAGACUAGUGUCACAUCUGAAAAGGUGAAGGACGGUGAGCAGUUGGAUUCGGAGGUGAAACGAUACGACGAUUUAGAGUUUCAGCAACUGGAACAGGAGAGCCGGCUGGAAGAAGAGAAGGAGAAUCUGUCCAAGCAGCUCCUGGGGGAGAUGGCUGAGUAUCAACAGAGCAUCGCAAUGCGGGAGAAAAGGAUCGCGUCCCUGGGAAGCCAGGCGGGGCAGCUUGUACAACAAGCUGAGCUGGAGCGGCAGCACUUCAUGAAGGAGAAGAACAGUUUACUCACAAUGCUGCAGAGAGAGAAGGAAAACCUGAUGAGUAUCGAGAAGGUGUAUUACGACAGUACUGGAGGAGCAGGCCUCCCUGUAAAUCCGAACACGUUUAAGGAGGACUAUGUGACUGUGAACCAGAUUAACCAGUUGUAUAGCAGCUCAAAGACCGCUGUUCCCCCCGACACUGUCGCCGCGGCUCCUGAGGCAGGCACCGAGGAGCCCAGCCCCCAGCAGAACUGCCGGACGCUGGAGGACAGGAGGAAACAGCAAAAAGAAGGUUUAUACGUCAGUGACACUGUGCCAAGGAAAAAAAUAGGCUCAACUACUGCAUCUAAGUACAGUAGCGCAACUCUGGGUCACAGUUCAACCCCUAAGUCACACUCACCGCUGAGUCAGAGUAACAGCUGCAGCAGUAUUCUACCUCACAACCUGACAAUGGCUACCAAGGAUUUGGAUAUGAGGAGGCUACAAGGGCACAGAGGGAAGACAAGAAAAGGACCAGCCUCCCAUUCCAAGGGGACUCGCAGAAAAGGACCUCGACAGCACCGUGCCAGUGAUGAGCAGAGGCUUGGUGCUCAGGAUGAGACCAGCCCUGGAGCCGAUCGUUCCCCCUAUAACAAUGGAUAUAAGGACAGGACCUUCGACACUCUGAGUUUGGACAGCUCUGACAGUGUGGACACUAAUGUCUCAGCAUGCUCUCCAGACAAUAUUUCAAGUGCCAGCACGUUUAACGUUGCCAAGCUUGAGGAGAUGGAACGCUUGCUGAAGGAAGCCCAAGCAGAAAAGGCCUGGCUCAUUGAAAGCAAAGAGCGAGAGAUGGAAGCCAAGAAACAAGCUCUGCAGGAGGAGAGGAAUCGCAGGGAACAGCUGGAGAAAAGGCUGCAGGAGGAGACGGCGCGCAGGCAACAGCUCAUCGAGAAGGAAGUUAAAAUGCGAGAGAAACAGCGAUCGCAGGCCCGACCUCUGACCCGCUACCUCCCGGUUAGAAAGGGAGACUUUGACCUGCGAACCCACAUCGAAACAGCCGGGCACAACGUGGAGACCUGCUACCACGUGUCCCUGACGGAGAAGACGUGUCGAGGCUUCUUGAUCAAAAUGGGCGGCAAAAUUAAAACCUGGAAGAAGCGUUGGUUCGUCUUUGACCGUAACAAACGGACUCUGUCCUAUUAUGCAGAUAAACAUGAAACCAAAUUGAAAGGAGUGAUAUACUUUCAGGCAAUCGAGGAGGUCUAUUAUGACCAUUUGAAGAAUGCGCACAAGAGUCCCAACCCCCUGCUCACCUUCAGUGUGAAGACAAGAGACCGAAUCUUCUAUAUGACUGCACCGUCACCCGAGACCAUGAGAAUUUGGAUGGAUGUCAUUGUGACGGGAGCUGAAGGUUAUACACAGUUUAUGGUUUAGGGAGAACUUCAUAUCACUGUAACCUCAUUUUGCAUGCAAAGUUUAUAUAUAUUUAUAUAUAUGUAUAUGAAAUGAGACUCGCCCUCCAAACCACUGCCAUGGCUUUAUGUUAUCUUGAAGGUUUUGACAAUUAUACAGUUUUAAUCAUUAAACUAACAAAUUAUUUUACUGACAUUGCUGAGAGUUUCUGCCGAUCCAGUGCAGCUGUUGGCAAGUGUAUGUAUGUAUGUGCCCAGGUAUCUGUCUCAGUGCCAAGUAUUUGUGCCUCAGGUGUGUGUUUUGGUGCCAGGUAUACAUGCCCAGGUGUGUGAGCAUGCCUUCUGUAUAAUCUCUGAGUGCCCUUCGCAGGACCCAAACAAAGAUGAUCAAACUUUAAAGUGGUUCAACAGUAUUCAAAGGACAUUCAUGUAUUUUUGAUACAGUAUUAAAAUGGUUAGCUGGUCUACGUUAUACAGAAUAAGAUCGUGUUUAUAUAUUUCGAUUUAUAAUCUCCGCUUGCAAGGUCAGCCUUUCCUCUUGUCAUCUCCAAUCAGACUCCAGGCCCCUGAGUAAAGUGGGUUCCUGUCAGAGAUACAUAGGCCCUUGAAGUGAAGUUGCCAAGAUCUAACAUGAACAAGAUCAAUGCGGUUAGAACUGCAUUGUGGGAUGGGGUGUGCAUUAUGGUGUUUCCCCAGUAAUGAUUUCUUUAAAAGUAACAAAUGGCUCAUGGUGCUCAUUAGAGUCAGAUGCUGAAAGUCACCCUUUGGAUUGCCCACCAGCAGUGACACUGUGACCUCUGGCCAGCGCUGAUCUUUCUCUUGGCCUGACAAUACUGGUGCAAGUACAUUGAGAUGGAUUCCUCUCAAAAAAGCAAGUGUGUCAGGGGAAGGAGCUGUUACAAGCACCAAAGUCAGUUACACAGUAGAGAGCUCAGACGUUCGGUAAAUUCAGGAGAUUUAAACACACCGCAAUCAAAGUCUGAUGGUGGAAAGCCCACUUUUCAGACAAAACAUCUAAAAUUGCCAAAGCUUUGUGACAUAUAUCACAACCACCUAUAUCACAACCAGCUUAGUGUGGCUGCAGUUAAUGGAUCAGUCAGUUUAUCAGCUAUCUCUCUACAUGCGUAUAUGUUCAAUAUUUAUUCAGUAUUAUUUUAACAGUAUAUGUAAGGAUUACAAAUAUGUACGGAAUUUUAUAUGCUACACAGUUUGGAUUAUUUCCUAUUUAAAAUGUAUGAUAUAAAAUGACAUC